UCGAUUUCUACAAGGAACUGACAAGUUGACAACUUCCACUCCCAUUUACGUAGGUUUUUCAGUUUCGCUCUGAACCUGUUUGCUGAAAGUCCAGAAAGAAAGAAAGAAAGAAAGAAAAUGGCUGUUCUAUCAGGAUCAGUGGCCAUGGUUAAGAUUCCAGAGAUUCAAUUUCUUUCAGGUUCUUUAUCAAAACCAAUGGAUAAAUGCUUCUUGAAAAUCAGCUCUAGUGAAUGCUUUCCAGGUUCCUCUGUUAGGGCUAAAGCAACGCAUAAGCUACCACUUGUAGUACGAGCAAGUGGAGAUGGUGGAAGACAAAAUAGUGGAAAUAUCUUUGUUGGUGGCUUUGUAUUGGGAGGACUGGUUGUUGGAGCAUUAGGCUGUCUAUAUGCACCUCAGAUAAGCAGGGCACUAGCUGCAGCUGACAGUACAGAAAUCAUGAAGAAACUUCCGAAAUUUAUGUACGAUGAAGAAAAAGCUCUUGAGAGGACCCGCAAGGUGCUGUCGGAGAAAAUAGCCGAGCUGAAUUCUGCCAUUGAUGGUGUUUCUGCACAGUUGAGGUCAGAUGAACCCACGGAAACAGACGGCUACGUCGCAAGGUCAGAGGAAGUCGAAUCAUCUGUAUAAUGGAUGAAUUAUUAGUGAUUAGACCAUAUAUUAUUAGAUUUAAUCACAAACUAUCGUAUUCUUUUAAUGAUCUCGAAACUUUAUCAUCAAGUACUGGAUUUUAAUGUUUUAUUAGUGAAUUUUGCUUAUCAUAAUCAAGUAAUCAACUAUUUCUUUUC